CUGCUCACUACCCCUCGAAUACUAUUUCGACAUUGACUGACAAUCAUCCCGCCAAUGCAGAUGAAUAAGAGACGUCGCACACCGACUUUAUGAGCCGCAACGAUCGUCCAAAUCCGCUCUCUUAGUUACAACGCCCUAACACAAGAAACCCAGGAACCCUGAACGUGCACAUAUCAUCGAAGAAAGAAACCGUGAUUUGACAAAAUGGCGCGAGAAAGCAACGCUCCAACGGAUCCUACUACCCCGGGAAAACCAACGGAGCAACAGCAAACCCGUCCUCUAUCUCAGCAUCCAGAGUUCGGCAAACCCUCGCCAAUCCGGCCAAGUUACUCCCAGAACUACCAGUCUAACAGUAAUCCCUUCAAUAUUCCGAAGGCAAACCGGCCUCGACCAGAACAUCAUCGCUCACAGCAAUAUAAGCAGCACCAACAGCAACAGCCACGGCCUCAGAGUAAUGCCCCGCAGUCGAACUAUCGACCAAACCUCCCUCCAGUCGUUGCCGCAACCCCGCAACGACGCGAGCCCUUCGACCCCUUCAAGCCCGUCCGACCCUCCGCGUACAACAACUACCGCCACUCACGCCCUGUCGACGACGAUGUCGUUGAGAUCCGCCGCCCCGAAAACAUCACUUUCAAUACCCCGCGAGCCCCGAAGACUUUCUACGGCUCUAAGGCUUCUCCUAUCAAGAUGACCACGGGAGCAAAAAAUCUGCAGAAUUUCGUCGAUCUAACGAAAGCUGGUGGCUUCUCACCUGCUCCGUCUCGUAAUACGGGCUUUGGCUCUAUUAGCGGGAGUGACUAUGUGGAUACGGCCAAGGCGAAUGAAAAUAUUAAAGCCUUGCUAGAGGGGGCAUUUGAGGAUGAAGAUGAAAAACAACAGAAGACCAAGGGAAAGAAAAAGGAUAAAAAGAAGAAGUCGAAGAAUAAGGGCGAUGAGACUCAAAGUGAGCCUCCUAGCGAGGCCCAGAGCCAGCUGAAGGAGAAAGAGAGUUUAGACAUUGAUGACCUGGCGGCUCAACUGCAGGGUGUGAGCGUUCAUGACUCGAAAGCUGAUGGGGAAAAGGACGCAAAUGAAAUGGAAAGCAUCAAAAAUACACCAAAGGAACGCACUGCAGAUCCUUUGAAAGAAAAUGACGAUGACGACGAGGAGGAUACUGUCGAUACUGAAUUAGAAAGCGUUGAAAAUAAAGAGGAGGAGGAAGAAGAAGAAGAGGAGGAGGAGGAGGAGGAUGGCACGGUUGAAGGCUUGAAAGUCAAACUGCUCCCUCACCAACGCCAGGGCGUCAACUGGAUGUGCGAAAAAGAAAUAGGCCCCCGAAAUGCUAAAGGAGAAGCCAAGGGAGUACUUCCCAAGGGUGGAAUUCUCGCAGACGAUAUGGGUUUAGGAAAGACUGUCCAGGCAAUCGCUUUGAUGCUUUCCAAUCCCAAGCCAGCAAAUGGAUAUACUCGACAACCUAAAUCUGAGGACGAAGAUAACUCUGACAGCAGCGAUGGCGAAGAAACCGAGCCCCAAAAGCUUCCACCAGGUGUGAGCCAAUCUACCUUGGUCGUUGCUCCCCUAGCACUGAUUAAACAGUGGGAGUCGGAGAUUCAAGAUAAAGUUGAGAAAUCUCGAAAAUUCCGAGUUUUGGUUUACCACGGCAAUGCGCGGGCCAAAUCGACAGACAGCCUAGAGGACUACGACGUGGUUAUUACCACUUUCGGAACACUGACCUCUGAGCACGGUGCAACUAAUAAGAAUGGUAAAAAGUCGGGGAUCUUCUCCGUAUACUGGUAUCGUAUCAUCCUGGACGAAGCCCACACUAUCAAGAAUCGAAACGCGAAGGCUACACAAGCGACAUAUGCGCUUGAUUCGGAAUACCGGUGGUGUCUUUCAGGCACCCCGAUGCAGAACAAUCUCGAUGAACUUCAGAGUCUGAUUAGAUUCCUACGAAUUAAGCCAUACAACGAUCUAGCAGCAUGGAAGGAUCAGAUUACACGGCCAUUGGCCAACGGACGUGGAGGACUGGCAAUUGAACGACUGCAAGUCGUUCUCAAAGCUUUCAUGAAGCGACGAACGAAGGAUGUGCUGAGGCUCAAUUCUAACCUCAAACCGGGGGAGAAAGAGGGCAAAGGAGGACCGAAGAAAUCUUCUGGGUUCCAAAUCACCAAGCGUGAAGUGAUCAAGGUAGCAGUGGAUUUCAUGCCAGGCGAGAUGAACUUUUACAAACGACUUGAGCAGCGAACAGAGAAUAGUCUCGAGAAGAUGAUGGGUGACUCCAAGAUCGACUACGCAGGGGCCUUGGUUUUGCUUUUGCGUCUUCGACAGUCUUGCAAUCACCCAGAUCUCGUGAAAAGUGAUCUUGCAAAGGACAAGGAUAUCCUGCUGCAGAGCGGGAAUACUGACAGUCAAUCCUCAUCUGGGAAGCAGAAUGACUUGGAUGCAAUGGCAGACCUGUUUGGCGCACUGAGUGUUGUAUCUAAGAAAUGUGAUAUCUGCCAAAUGGAGCUGAGUAAAGCUGAGGCAGCAGGCGGUGCAAGCAGGUGCAACGAGUGCGAAAAUGACUUUGGUUUUACUGCUGACGGGGGCAAAGGGAAGAAGACGACUAAGAAGAAGGGGAACUCUAAGGAAUGCAUUGAUCUAGCGGAGUCCCCAUCUAAUCGUCGCUCUAAAGCGCAGAUUGCCCGUGCCCGCAGAAACAGAAAGGUCGUACUGGAUAGCGAUGAUGAGGAAGAAGAGGAGGAGGAGGAGGAGGAGGAGGAGGAGGAGGAGGACGGUGAAUGGAUUGUUCCUGAAGACAAACGUACAUCCCUCACUCUUGGAAAGGCUGGAGGGUCCGAGGACGAGGAUGCAGAGGGAGGUGGUGAAUGGAUUGGAUCCGAGGACUCGGAAACUGAUGAUGAGCCCGAGUCGCCGAGCCACAGAGCUACUAGAAAGAGUUCCUCAGGGGAGGAUGACUCCGAAGACGAUAUCUACCUGAAUCCCGGGGACGAUGCUAACCAGGUCCUGCCAUCAACGAAGAUCCGUCACUUGAUGAAGAUCCUGCGUCGCGAGGCACCUGAUUACAAGUUUAUCGUGUUUUCCGUCUUCACCUCAAUGCUGGACAAGGUUGAACCAUUCCUAAAGCGCGCAGGGAUUGGGUUUGCACGAUAUGAUGGAAGUAUGCGGAACGACCUCCGUGAGGCCAGUCUUAACCAACUCCGAAACAACCAGGCCACGCGGGUCUUGCUAUGCAGUUUACGAGCUGGCGCAUUGGGGCUAAAUCUGACUGCAGCAAGCCGCGUGGUCAUUCUCGAACCAUUCUGGAAUCCUUUUGUGGAGGAGCAAGCCAUUGACCGGGUCCACCGCCUCAACCAGACGCUGGAUGUUAAGAUCUACAAGAUGAUUAUCAAGGGUACCGUCGAAGAGCGGAUUCUGUCUCUCCAGGAUCGGAAACGGGAGUUGGCGAAUGUCACCAUUGAGGGUAAGACGGGUGCUGCCAAACUUACCAUGCAGGACAUGAUGGCCCUCUUUGGCAAGGAUGCCGAGCUCCGGUAUACGGAUGAGCGAGGCAGCGUUGAGCUUGCGCAGAAGGGACGGCUCCUAGAGCCUAGAAGCGAGACGGCCAGCAGCCAGGCCAGCACAGAGGCUAACUGGGACAGCUCUCGCGAUCGCAACCGGAAGUUAGAGAAACGGACGCUCGGAACCGAAGAUUCCGUGUAUGGAAGACGGUGGUAAGCAGGGGUUGAUGGCUCGUGAGAUAUGUCUCAUCUCAUGUUUUCCCAAGGGGUCUCAGGUUUAGAGACCUGCUUUCAUUAUUUUUUUUUUAUGCAAGAUGGUGGAGAUUUGGACCGAUACAUAUACUACAUACAUGCCUGCUUGAUGAUAGGGAUAUUUUUACGUCUGGGCGUUGGAGCAGGUCAGGUCAAUGAUUAGAAUCUACCAUUAAUAGAUUGUUGCUAUAUAAGCCUAUCUAAGCUCUGGGGCAGAAAAAACAGGAGUUUCAACCAAAUAUACAGAGUAUUGUAC